ACUACAGCUCCCAUGGUCCUCCGCGCCGCCAGAUGCCGUGAGUCUGCAAAGCCGGGCAACUUGGGCGUUUUGGCGCUCGGUUCGGCAAAAGGAAUUUGGAACUGCACUCCGGAUGGUUUAGGUUCAUGCUCCAGGCCAGACAAGCCUGGGUCAGGUCGUGCAGUUAUACUGCAGUUCUGAACAUCCGAGAUGUAAACUGCUAAUUCUGGGCUCCAGUUUUUAAGAGGUCAGGCACAAGCCCAGCUUUUACGCGGACACUUCUUUCUCCAGGAUCUGGCCGCGGUUCGGGUGACAGGCAGGACCGUAAAGACUGUGCCUUCUUCUCCCGGGCCAACUCGAAGUAUUCCGGAGGCCCCCUGGGAAGCGGGCACUGUGACGGCUGCGAAGACGCAGACUGGCUAUGAAGAGCGACUCGUCGACUUCUGCAGCUGCCCUUGGCGGCUUGCUGGGCCCUGUGCGGGGCAGCGAGUCUGAGCGCGUCUCUCCGGCCCCGUCUGCAGCAGCGGCGGUUCUGUUGGAAGAGGCAGCGGACCUCCUAGUAGUGCACUUGGACUUCGGGAAGGCACUGCAGACGUGCGAACUAGCUUGCAGGAACCUGGCCAGGGACUCUGUGUCCGAGGAGCCCGCGGGCACCUCCUUGGAGGUGAAAUGCUCCCUAUGUGUAGUGGGGAUCCAGGCCCUGGCAGAAAUGGAUCGGUGGCAGGAAGUCCUAUCCUGGGUUCUUCAGUACUACCAGGUCCCUGAAAAGCUACCUCCCAAAGUCCUGGAACUUUGUAUUCUUUUAUACAGCAAAAUGCAAAAGCCCAGAGCCAUGCUGGAUGUGGUCAGAGGUUGGCUCCAAGAUUUGGACAAUCAGAGACUUCCAGAAUAUCAAGCCUUGGUAGAACUUUACCUGCAGCAGAUACUGCUUCCACUGGGCUGCUUUUCAGAGGCUGAGGAGUUAGUGGUGGGCUCUGCAGUCUUCACUGAGGAGCAGCAGCUGAGUGCACUAAAGGUGAUAAGUACGGCAAGACAGCAGCAGACUCACAAGCGUUCUGAUUCUGAGGAAGUCCAGAAACUGAGCCAGGAAGGUUGCUCUUCUCAUAAGUUCUUGUCACUACUGAUUCUGCUUCGCAGACUUCGGGACUUUGCAGUGAACCACUUCUUUUCUCUGCCUUUCAAAAAGAGUCUCCUAGCUGCUUUGAUCCUCUGCUUCUUGGUGUUGAGGUUUGAUCGAGCAUCUCCUUUUUCCCUGCCCUUCCUCUACAAGCUGGCCCAGAUCUUCCACCGUCUCCGGGAGGCCGUGUUUUCUCACCUCUACCAGUUCCUAUGACUGAGUUGUCUUUCUCAUUUGUCCCAACAUACCUCCUCCCACAUCUGCGGCCACAGAAGAGACUAACUCAUCCUUGCAGCCUUGUUUCCCGUUGUUGUAUAGGCUUCUGCAUGGAUGGGGCCUCUCUAACUCUACAAAGAAUUGUUUCAGUCAGGCAGAAGAUGGAGUAAUGUUUGUUGGGGAAAAUUCUCUGGAGCCUGAAAUCAGCCCAAAGACCUGCAGGACUUUGAGACAAAAGGACUUCUCAGGACCCCAGAAAACCAUUGAUAUGCAGAAUUCCUGGUCAGAUGCAAGAUUGGCUCCCUGAGAAGAGAGGGGGCUGCAUCCCUGGGGAACGGAGGCUCAUUUCCUGAUCAAGGACAUGUGAGAAUAUUAAAAGAAGACCAACUGCUCUAAGUUCUUACCCUUGGCAACCACUCUAGCAAGGGACUGGGCCUGGUGCGGUGGGGGGAUCAGGGGAGGAGUUUGGGAAAAUUGUAUAUAAACUAACUUGGCAGAGUAAGAGACACAUACUUGCCCACUUCUCUUGAGAUGUGUACUUUUCUAGCCUUGAGUUACCUCUUUUUCCCGAAUCUGCCCAAGAUUUCUUACUCUAGGGCACAAUUCCCCCCCUAUGGGGAAGUGUCUCAUGCACCCCUGCUUGGGAUGUGGACUUUGCUUUUUCCACUCUGGUGAAGCCCUGUACUCUCUUAAUCAUGAGUUUUAUCUACUUCUCUUUCCUUCCCUUCUUCCCAAAUAAACUUGUUUUACUUCUAUAUUCCUCUCCUUCAGUUCUUUUUAUGUGGAGGAAAGGCAGUGGACCUGAAAGGCCUGGGUAAGAUUUAGGACCGACUUUCCUUUCCUGCGAAGAACAAUUCCUUGCUCCAGGCUGGGCUCCACAACUCCCUGAGAAGUCAGGUGGCAGGGUCAUUUCUCACACUGCUGACAGAAUAAAUGGAACCCAGAUGACCUUGUGGGAUUGGUGAGACAUGAGAUCUUUAACGUGCAGGUGCUCAGAGUGGACUUUCUUUCAUCACGAAUCACGACCAUCCUGUUAUUCGUCGAUUUCCUCGAGCAGGCCCCAGUACCGUCUCCUUCAUCCUAGCCCAGAGAUUAUAUUCAAGGCUCUUCAGGAGAAUGAGACCCAUCAUUGUUACUGGUAUUUGGCAUAUUGGGUACGACACAGGGAGUUUGCCAGACUCUGCCGUGUGGGCAGGCUACAUUCGGUAGCCUGCCAGUUUGUCCAAAGUGGGAAUGAGAUAAUUGAUUCUUUCAUCAAUCCUAGAUUUUCCAGGCACUUCCCUGGGUGCCCAGGGUGGAUAGAAAGGGAUGGAUACUUUCUUGAGACUGCCACCUUUCCUCCCUACUCUACAUCAGCCACCCAUGAGCUGAUGGGUAUUAUGUCUUCCAUUGGCAGCAUGGCUUUUGAACACUUGUAAAAGUAUACUGAAUUUCAAAGCAUUUAUACAUUACUUCUUUUGAUUGAUUACAUGUUGGAAUGAUAAUAUUUUGGAUAUGUUGGGUUAAAUAAAUGUAUUAUUA